CUCCGCACUCCUCCCUCCCUCCACCCCUUUCGGGAAAGCGGGGGCCUCUCUAGCCGACGGGGAGAUGCUACGCUAGAGACGGUGGGAAUCGUUCCGAACGUGCUCUAUGGUUGCUGCGGGGGGGCGCACCAAUGGCGUAGUCCGUCCGCCCCCCCCCCCCACUUUAUUUCCGGAAGUGAGGUCUUCCUCCUCGGCCGCCGCGGCUCGGGGUCGGGGUGGGCAGCGCCGCCGCGGGCGCCGGGGGGAUGCUCGGGUCUGCCGGGGACCGGCUCCAGCACCGCGCGAUUUAAUUAUGCCUUGCAGCUCUUAAGAGUCUGAAAUAAAUAUCUUCAGAGUACGGAAUGAUCUAGAAAAAGAUGGAAGACGUACAGCUAAUUGCACCCAACAUGACGAGCACUGAAGAAGAGCCCAUCUCUGGUGUUAGUCGUCAAAUUUCUGUUAGUGAAUUUUCUUGCCACUGCUGUUACGACAUCCUGGUGAAUCCCACCACCUUGAACUGCGGGCACAGUUUCUGUCGACAUUGCCUCGCUCUAUGGUGGGUGUCCUCAAAGAAAACAGAAUGUCCAGAGUGCCGAGAGAAAUGGGAAGGUUUUCCUAAAGUAAAUAUUCUGCUCAGAGAUGCCAUUGAAAAGUUAUUUCCUGAUGCCAUCAAAUUGAGAUUAGAAGACAUUCAGCAGAACUCCGACAUAGUCCAUAGUCUUACAGCCUUUCAUAAAUACGGGAAUGAUCAGAUUUCUAUAGCUCCCAAUACAGGGCGAGCAAAUCCUCAAAGAGGAGGAGGAUUUUUUUCUGGAGUACUGACAGCUUUAACUGGUGUUGCAGUGGUUCUACUUGUAUAUCACUGGAGCAGUAGAGAAUCAGAGCAUGACCUUCUUGUUCACAAAUCUGUUGCAAAAUGGACGGCUGAAGAAGUCAUCUUCUGGCUAGAGCAACUGGGCCCUUGGGCCUCUCUUUAUAGAGAAAGAUUUUUAUCUGAAAGAGUUAAUGGCAGAUUGCUUUUAACAUUGACAGAUGAAGACUUUUCAAAGGCUCCAUAUAACAUAGAGAAUAGUAGCCACAGAAAAGCCAUCAUAAUGGAACUGGAGCGUGUCAAAACUUUAGGAGUAAAGCCCCCACAGAAUCUUUGGGAAUACAAGGCUGUCAACCCAGGCAAAUCAUUAUUCCUGUUGUAUGCCCUGAAGAGCUCCCCAAGACUGAGUAUGUUAUAUCUGUACUUGUUUGAUUAUGCAGAAACCUUCUUACCUUUCAUCCACACAAUAUGCCCUGUGCAAGAAAAAGAGGAUAUCAUCACAAAAUUUCUUGACUUUAAAGAGCCCACUUGGAAGCAGUGGAGAGAAUUCCUUGUUAAAUAUUCUUUCCUUCCAUAUCAAUUGAUUGCUGAAUUUGCCUGGGAUUGGCUGGAUGUGCAUUACUGGACAUCGCGGUUUCUUAUUGUUAAUGCCAUGUUGCUCUCUGUUCUGGAGUUAUUUUCCUUUUGGAGGAUUUGGUCAAGGAAUGAAUUGAAAACUGUUCCUCACAUAAUGUGGAGCCAUUUUUGGAAAGUAUCAACACAGGGACUUUUCGUGGCCAUUUUUUGGCCUAUUAUUCCUCAGUUUAUUUGCAACUGUUUAUUUUACUGGGCCCUGUACUUUAACCCAAUUAUCAACAUUGAUCUUGUGGUCAAAGAAGUGCGCAGACUAGAAACCCAAGUGUUGUGAGUGUUGCUGCCCCAGCUCCAAGUGAAGCUGGCCUCCAGGAGGUUGGAGCUUUGAAAUUUGAAGAGUGGUGGGAGUUGCAGUGGGAAUGAGGGUGAGGGGGGGUGGGGUCUGCUUUUCUAUAAAUAGUGAUGAAAGGAGCUGCUUUUUUUAAAAGCUACGCAACAAAGUUUUUCUUGGCAUGGGAAACAGGACCCAUCAUUCCCAAACCAGUAUUGGUUUAUUCAGAUUGUAUAGCAGUGAUACUUGCCACAUACUAUAACUACCUCACAAAGGUGUUGUGAGGCUCAAUGAGAUGAUGGCUGUGAAGGACAUCAAAGAAGAUGAGACAUACAUUAAAGUAUCAUGGAAUUAGGUUGUGUAUGUUUGCUUCUCAACAGGCCUUCAGAGGUCUAGUUUGAUAGAGCCGGUAAGUGACGACAAUCUUGUUUGGAGUACUGAUGAUGGGAAAAUGAAAUUCUACCAGGCAGGACCUUGCCUUCCAAAUGUUCUCAGUAAGUGAACUUUCAGUCAGUGUGGCUGUGUGGUAUAACCAUAGACAAACAGCUGCAGACCAGAAGUAGUGUGGAAGAUGCUGUCUUGUUGGUGACAUAGUGAAAACUGCAGUCAUUGAGUUGCUGACAUACUCCCUCCUAGCCAGUUUUAAUCAAUGUUUUGUGUCCUUUCAUUUGAAAAGGGAUAUUGAACAACUUUGAGCAAGUAAUGAAGACUAAUUUUAGCCAUUCUUUGCUGUCUCAAUGCUUCCUAAAAAUCAUUUUUUCAAAAAGAAUUGGAUCUGUGACAAAUUUCAAGAUUGUACUUUUGUUUAAGAAACAUUUGAUAAUUGACCUCACACUGUAUCAUUGUCUUUGUGAUGUGAUAUCUGUACCAAGAGCUGUGAUUUGUAAAUAUGAAUAGUAUGAUGAACUAUCCAAAGAGAAGUGUGGUGGCUUCUUGAACCAUUCUUUGACCCUUUGUAUCUUGUCUUAGAAGUGAGGAUUUCAUAUUUGCAUCUGAAGGUUUCAACAAAUAACUUUAAACAAAAAUAAAAGGUUUUUUGUAAAACUC